AUGGAAAUAGUAACUGAAAUGGAUCCAUCAGUUGGUAUUGAUAAUCUUGUAAAACCAACAAUUGAUAUGGCGCGAUUGGUUGUGACUCCAAGUAAUGCUCGUCAAAAACAUACAGAAUAUUUACCUUAUCCAGAUGAUAAAUUUAUUGAUGAAUCUCUACAACUCUAUUCGCAUGAAAAACGUCCAUUGGAAGAAGUCUAUCGUAGAUGUAAUAAAAUAUUUAUUGAUGGCUUAUCAGUUGAAGUUAUUAGCAUAACUGCAGUAAGAGGCUAUAAGUCUGCUACAGAUUUUCUUCAUCCGUAUCUAUAUACAAUAAGAGUUCGUCAUGGCCCUGAAUUUGAAUGGAUCAUACAUAAACGUUAUAAACAUUUUCAUGAUCUCCAUAAAGCUCUUGUUCAUUAUGUUGAACGCGCAACAGGAAGUGAUUCAUCACAAAGAGAAGCAAAUAAUGAUGACAGUUCUUCAUUAAAUAAGAAACAAGAUGAACAACCAUGCUUUCCAACUCGUAGCGAUCGACUUUCUUUUUUAAUUCAAUUUACAAUUGAAGAGCGAUGUAAAACAUUACAAAAUUAUUUGAAUAAAAUAUUAAAACAUCCAAAAUUUCGUGAACAUAUGGCAACGAGAGAGUUUCUUGAUGUAAGUUCAAUAUCAUUUGUACAAGGUUUGGGUAUUAGUUUGAACGAAGGUGCUAUUGCCAAACAUUCAAUAAGUGACAUCCGUGGUUGUUCAAUAUUUCUUCGAGUUCCAUUUAUAUGUGAUAAACUUCGAUGUCAUCAUGCACUACGAUGGUUUGUUCUUAAAGACUCAUAUCUUGUUUAUAUGAAUUCUGAUUCCGCUUUAAUUGGAUUUCCAUUGCUUAUCGAUUGUGCCUUUUCUUUUGAACAAGGUUAUCGGAAAACUACAACUAAUAAUGGAAUUAAAAUUAAAAAUUCACAACGUUCUAUGUUUAUUAAAUUUGAAAAAGAAGAUGACCGUAAUACUUGGUUUGAUCGUUUGACGGAUUUUAUAAAUGGUCAAUCAUAUAUGGAAACAGUAGCUAAAUCUAUAUUAGCAGCACGAGAAGAAAUAUUCAUUGCUGGUUGGUUUAUUUCACCUGAAUUAAUGCUUAUUCGUCCUUGUGAUGAUGAUUCAAUGCGACUUGUUAAUCUACUUAAUAAAAGAGCUGAAGAAGGAAUUCGUGUUUAUGUGUUACUAUUUAACGAUCCACCACUUGUUGAUUUAAAUAGUGAUCAUACAGAAUCAAAAUUGAUGGCUCAAAGUCCAACUAAAAGAAAUAUAAAAGUGAUUCGGCAUCCAAAUCACACGUUUUUGCUAGGAAUUGAAUCAUCAUGGCUUUUUUCUCAUCAUGAAAAAAUUGUUGUUAUUGAUCAACGUAUUGCUUUUAUUGGAGGAAUUGAUCUUUGUUGGGGACGAUCUUGGUGGAAAACGUAG